ACAACCCCAUUUAAGGCUGAGGGCACAGUUCUCCUCACUCUCGAUUUCUAAACAUUCAGUCAACAAGAUGAUAUCUGCAGAUUUCCUUGGCUGUCUUCUGCUCUUCUCGCAGGGCGUGUGCCUCGCUGUGGGUGCAGCUGUCAAGGAGGACACACCAGAAGUCGUGGUCCUUUCGGGUGAAGACUCUAUCCUUCCGUGCAAAGCGAAAUUCAAGCCCGGAGUCCAGUACCUUGCAGUGAGAUGGUACAAGGUUUCAGAGAGCCCAUCGUCUGCUCGUAAUGGCCUUUUGACCAGAGACCUCCCAGAUGGUACGACGAGAUGGUACGAUGGCGUGGAGAGAGAUGUGGCGCUGGUCAACGAGACCCACGACAUCCUCCUGGCCGACACAACGUGCAGUGACGCCGGCGUGUACAUGUGUCACCUGGCAGCACCUGUGGGAGAGCAAAACCAGGACGGCUACGUUCACCUGGUGCUGGCAGAUUGUCCAGCUGCUCCCACAGAAAGUCUGGAGAGAGAUGAUUACUUGAUUCUUUUCGCCUCCGUAGUGAUAAUGAUAGCACUUCUGCUGUCUUUCAUAAGCUACGUUUGUUUGACGAAUGGAUUGAGAGAAAGAAACAAACAACAACAGCAAGAACAAAUAACAAAAGAAGAUUUUUUCCUGAACAAACCAGUGGAACCAAAAGACUUGAAGUUGAUCUACACUUUGGGUCCAAAACCAUCCACAAAAACUAUACUCUGUGUGUAAAGAUGAGGACUAACGUUGGCCAAUAGAAUAAGUACACUCUGCCCUGACAUGUGGAAACUGAUGGAAAUUGGAAGAUUAUUCAACAACCUUUCAAAAAUCAUCAGAAAAGUCAGAUAUAGAGCUGGAUCUCCACAGAUGCCAAGAUGCUGGAGAAACUGGUGACCUGGUUCAAGGAGCAGGCCCAGUAAUCAGACGUCGGUUGGUCAGUCUGUGGGU